AAACCAAAUCAAACACACACAUAAACAGAAAUUAUCCGAAGUCAAAUCGAAACAAACUUUGAAGGAAAGAUGCAGUCCAUGAAGGAAACCGCUUCCAACAUUGGGGCCUCUGCCAAGGCUGGCAUGGAGAAGACCAAAGCCACCGUCCAGGAGAAGAUCGAGAAGGCUUCAGCACACGACCCUGUGCAGAAAGAGAUGGCGAGGGAGAAGAAAGAGCAGAGGGUCGCCGAGGCCGAGGCGAUGAAGCAUAGCACGAAAGCCCACAACGCGGCGGCGAAGCAAGGAGAGCAGCUCACCGGCGGGCACGGAAACUACAGCACUGGCGGGACCGGCGGGACUGGUUACGGUACGAUCGGGGACUAUGGGACCACCGGCGCAUACAGCCACUCUGCCACGGGGCAGCCGGGCUAUCCCACUGGGACCCACCAGAUGUCGGCGAUGCCGGGGCACGGGACGGGGCAGCCGAUUGGCGGACACGUGGACGAGGGCGUGGCGAGGUCCCACCCGUCCGGAUUGCCCGGAGAGCAAACCGGCCACAAUACCCGAGUUGGAGGCACCGGCACCGGCCAUCUCCCUGGUUACGGGACAGGUGGCAGCCUGAGUUAAAAACGACCAAUACACUAACGAGAUUGGAUAGAGUCCGUUGUGUUGUGGUGUCGUGUCGUCGUUGUUUUAUGUUUUCUUCUUCUGGUUUUGUUGUUUGUUGAGGGUGGAAAGGAAGUGUGUUUUAAGAGUCGGGUGUGAUGUUUUAUGUGGCAACGUUACUCGGUUCUGUAGUGGCGGCGUUGCCCUUUUGUAUCCAGUUUGGAAUGAAAUAAAGUAGCUCCUUUGUGG